CCGUCAGUCUGUCACAGAGAUCAGUUGAAACCCAACCACCGGAGUGUAUAGGUGAAUGCGCUGUCUUAUGUGACUAAGGAAAUGAAGUGACAGGCUCCUAAAGUGGGCCUAAGUAAUGGUGCCUUAAGAGACUGCAAUACAACCCCGCUUAGGGAUAUAUGUGAUGAUGAUUGUUGUGUGAUGACAUAUGCUUCUGUGGAGUGUUUUUCAUGUGCGUGUUUGGUUAUAAUACCUCUCACAUCAACUCUCAGGUGGAAAAGCAGAGGAGCAAAACCUUUGGGGUCAUGGGGAAAGAGAGACGGUGGCCGAACGCCUGUCUCGGCGUUGCUGUUCUCUCCGUGAUACACAUCGUCUUCGCGCUCAACGAUUCUGGGAACAGCCAAGAUCACAACGUGGUUUUUCUUCAGGACAUAAGUGGCAUUAGUGAUAUUUUAAGAGCGAAAAAGGGUGAUAACUUAGUCAAUAGAACAGAUGGUAAUGUAAAUAAUCUUAUUAGUACUAGUAACGACACAUUUGAAAGUGAUAGUAGUGAUGUUGAUCCAACGGAUGUGCCAAUAACAACAUUAAAUACAGAAUCUGUAAGGACAACAAAUACAGCAGAAAACAGUGACGAAAGACCUUCCACAGCGACCACCUUGAGAGCGCCUGAUGAAGGCAGCGAAGGGUCUUCGUCUGAGGGUAGCGUGGUGGAUUCCACGCAGGAGUCUCUAAUGCCUACGGAGACUGAAGAGGACCCAGUGAUUUAUGACAGCGAGCCAGGAGAAGCAUUUUUCACAACUGACGUCACCCAUGACGUGCAGGUCGAUAAUGUUACCUCCCACAGCACAGGCCUCGAGAUCCCCCAGGAUGUCUCGACUGUUGAAUCUGAAGUGAGCGAUAAUUAUUCAUUCACAACUUUCAGUGAGUGCGAAAGCUCUGGUCAUGAAUGUGACAUUUCUACAGGGCAGUAUAUUGAAAGUAGUGAUCCAUUGCCCACCCUCUCUACUAUAAGCAAAUACAGUGAAAUAUUCACUAACAAAGGUGAUCUAGAACCGUCAUUAUCGUCACUUGAUUUACCUAGUACCGAGAGUGAAAUCUUAGAAACCACAGUUUUUGAUGCUGGCUUGGAAGAAAGGCAAACUGUAAUGGGUCCUUCAGCCUUAGUUGCAGUGGACCCUGUCGCUGUCACUAUGGAAAAUGAUGCCUCUAUCUUCAAAGACUACAAUGAUGACGAUUUCCAUAGGUCAGUGACUGAAAAUCCAAGCAGCAGUGAAACCAUUAUAAAGUCUGUUACUGAUACUGAAUUUGCCUUUAAUGAGAGUGGGGAUUAUGGUGAUGAAUAUGACCUCAUUGUGGAGACCUUAAUCAGCACUGCCACUGUUUACUAUGAUGAGGAAUCUCUACAAAACCUUGAAACCAGUCGACGAGUCGUCAGAACAGUGUCGCAAGAUUUUGAUGCAGAUGGAUGGGGUGCUUCAAACCAGUACAGAGGCUUUUUGUCAGAUGAUCCUGCAUCUAUCAAAACUUACAUGAAUGUUAACUCAGCAUCUGCUUUUGAUCUCCGACGGAAAUCUCAACGAAAAUCAGACCCAGAACCUGAUAUUGAUGAUAUUAUCAAAGGUAUUGUGCAGCUUCUAGGAGGGAAUGUCAAGGUUACUGCUGCUGAGGAAACUGACACCCGCCUCACAACUUUUGGAAGCGAACUAGUCUACAGCAGUCGUAUUAAUAACCGUGGGCCACCAAGGCUGACACAAGUACCACCUUUUGGUGUACUUAGCUCAGCAAUUCUGACUAGGCCACCAAUUAGACCUCCUGUCACUCCACCAGCAGAGAAUUCAAACCAUCAUGUUCCAGGUUUGCCUCCUGGACGGCCACCGUUUGUUGCCAAUACUCGGCCGCCUUUCCUGGCACCUUUACCUCCUUCAAUGUCCUCCCGGCCCUCACCUCCCAUUCAGAAGCCUUACGAAACAGGGGUUCCCAUUCCAGUAGAUUUGCUUCCUGAAACUGAACAAGGAACAGAAGAAGUGCCCAUAAUCCCACUAAAUCCAUUGGGUGCUGAAGAUGAGGAUUCAGGCCAAGAAACUGGUAUUACAGACAUUCCUCUCCUUGAAACCUCCGUUAAUGAGGAAAACAGUUCCCAGACUCAUUCUGUAGAGAUCUCUCAUAACAAUACAGAAGAAUUAAAUAUUGAAACUGUAAAAAUGACUACAACUGAGUCUUCCACACCCAAGGAAGAGUCUUCAGUGGCAGAACAUUCAUCAGAAGAAACCAAACCUCUGUCCCAUGACUUUAGCUCUCUCCUUGAAGCAACAACAACUCUCCCACCUAUUACAGUGACAGAAGCUCCAAUUACUAGUUCGUCAGAUUCUUCCAUGUUAGAGCCUACGUCUGCAUCAAUAUCACCUACACCAGUGACGAGUGAAGAGCCUCAUCAGACAUCAACGUCAAGUAUUACUACUGAAAGUAUUUCAUCUUCGGAGGUACUGUCGCCUUCAGUUGAAUCUCCUGUCAGUACUAGUCAACUUUCAUCAUCAGCUACACCUCCCCUUAAACUGCCUACUGCCAUACACUCCACCCAGCAUUCUCCCGUUUCACAUUCAUAUUCCCCUUGGCCCCCUGUGCCUUCCUUCUCUGGUCCUCGCCCUGGAGUUGUAUUGGAUGAUUCUAACUAUCGCCCGGGACAAAUCAUUACUGGCACUGUGGUUCCUUUCGACACUGGGCCUGGAGAUGUGUUUGAUGUAACAGUGUCUGCUUACCAAGACUUUGGAGGUGUACGUCCUAACGCCAGACCGCCAAACUUGGGACAACCACUUAUUAUACCAGUCGAUCCUCUUGGUGACGAUAACCCCUUGAUCACGACGCCAGCCGGAGACGGCAACGGAUUCGUAUCGAUUGACGGCAGGAAGACCUAUUUCGACCUGUUCCCAACGGCGACGCAGUCAGAGGGUCUUACCCAGGAUAAGACGGUCGGCACCGGCGUAGGAGUCGUCAUUCCAGAGGAAGACAUCGGCCAGGGUAGCCAUGGGGGAUUCUAUCAGGUGAAACCCUUGGAACAGCCGCCCUCUCGUAGGCCUGUGCCCAUACAGCCGGUUUCCACCUCUCCUCCGACACAGGCGCCUACGCGUCCCGUCAGGAAACCCACUUACAACCGAAGACCUACGCAGCCCCCCAUCAGAAUCGAUACUUGCAUCGUUGGUGACGACUCCACCUGCCAGGAACAACUGAGCGAAGUCUGCAGGACAGAAGAUGGAGUUUCCAGCUGCUAUUGCAAACCAGGCACCGCCAGAAGAAGACCUAGGACACCUUGCAAGAGAGUGAUAUCACUAAGAGUCUCUGUGAAAGUCGACCGCGUCGGCGAUCAGCGAAUCGUGUGGAGUGGAAACUACGGCAAUCCAGAAUCCGAGGAAUACCGCCUGCUGGAAUGGGAAUCUCACUUGGCGAUUUCCAACGCGAUGUCGAAAACCAGGUUAAGCUCCGCUUACCUGGGGAACACUAUCCACAAAUUCUACUCGCUGGGAGGCAAAGUCAUUGUCAAUUCCACCAUCCACCUGGAGGACAACCCCACCACCAGGAAUCGCAAUAUGCCCCAGAUGGUUCAGAGGCAGAUGAUUCAAGUCAUCCAGAGCCACGCCAACAAUAUCGGAGAUUCCUCCCUCUACGUAGACGGUCCCCUGAAUCCCAUUCCGGACGUGUCUGAUGUGAACGAGUGCAAUGACCCUCUGCUUUAUGACUGCCAUCCGGAUGCCACUUGCAUUAAUGAGUUUGGCACCUUUACCUGUCGCUGUCUCCCUGGAUAUACUGAUAGAUAUUCUGACGACCCAGAACAGGUGGGAAGGAAAUGCGAGUCUUGUUCUGCGGAUUAUUGCAACAAAAGGGGCGACUGUCGCAUUGAGGCUGGUCAGAAAGUGUGCGAGUGUAUGGGGUCGUACUAUGGAACCAGAUGCGAAAUCGACGGCGAGGUAUUAGGAGUAGCUGUGGGAGCAUCUGUUGCAGCUGUGGUUAUCAUCAUCUUAACGCUUAUCUUCCUGUGCAUGUGGAGUCGAAGAUGGAAGGCUCAAGAUCGAAAGACAGAGGUGUUAGCUCGAGGGGCAGCUGCCGCUGGGGCGACCUUGGGAGGAUAUUCUGUCAACAUUCAACACAAGGGUGGUACUCUCCCGCCGAAUCAGUACGGAGUUUCCCUGGAGGACCGCAUGCGAUGGGCACAAAUUGCAGAAAGCAUCGGCAGUCAAAACAUAUACACGCAACAAGGACAAGACAUGGGAGCCAGUGCCGUAUACUCUGCUAACAGUAACGAGUACUUGACCUCAGCGGCUGCCUCCUCCAACCCUUACUCGGUCUAUAACCGAGUGACCCGAGUCCUCUCUAAUUCUACCCUUGGGAGGCGGGGAGGCAGGGGUAUCUUGAACAGACUUCGGGGCAUCUUUGGACGAAAGACGAAUGGCAAAUCAAAGAACAGAGUUCCCUCGUACAUGAUGACCUCACACCCGACCUUAAACUUCCAACAGCUCAUGGCUCUUCAUGCUCAUCUCUCGGCAUCUCAACCUGGGACAUUGGGUGGGCCUACUGCCCCUCCUUCAGUUGCCGCACCAACCCCCACACCGUUGUAUAAAGGCCAGAGACAGAUGGUGGGAUCAUCAUCUGGCUAUGCUUCACUCGGAACCUUAGGUUCAACAGCCACAGGUCAGUUUAGCCACGAACAGUUUGGUUUGCAACACCUGAAUCCAGUGAACCAUUUAGCCACUCUCCAGCACCAGCAGCAACUUUAUCAAAAGCAACACCAGGCAUUCGGGGCUCAGUCGACGUAUGGCCAAUUUGGUCCAGCAUCUUUUACAGCCAUGUCUCAAAGUGGAAUAGGCACGGGAGGCGUGUCGAGAGCUCCUACCCUUGGAGCUAGAACUCCCGUCCCAUUACAUGACAGCAUGGGAAUUGCCGCCACCAUUGGCCCCAUGGGGGGAGCCAGUGUCGUCGCUAAAGGCGUUGGUUCGUCUGUCGUUGGAGGUAAUUCCAUGGGCAUGAUAGAGAGUUCUGAAGAGGAGAUGGAUCGCCCUUACCAACUACCACGACCCAAAUCAAGAGGGUCUUUGGCGGAAGGCAGUGACAUUUAUUAUGAACCGGAUGACCUGACCACGACCUGUGGACCCCCUGACCGACCCCCUCCCCCAAUUCCCAAAAAUAGUCACCCCCAGACAUAUAACUUUUCAUUUUUACAUUGACUGAAAAAAGGGGAAACAAGAAAGUGGUUUCCCUAACACCGAGACUCAGUAAUAACACGAAAUCUACUUUGUGGACUUAUGGAAAUGUAUUUAUGGAUACUCCUUCUGUUUGGUGUAUUUUACUUCUUUGUUGUUGACAAUAUUUAUGGAGCGUGAGAGGACUGAUUCAAGUUUUCUCUGUUACUUUUAUUACUCUUAUCUAAAAGCGAUUUAAUAAAAUAAUUUCUCGUCAGCUGGACUGACUUAAACAACUGUUGACAGUUUAUUUUCGUAAAUGGUUUUUGCACAUAUCAUUUUGUUAUAUUUAUGCUCAGCCUCUUUCUAACUUCACUUAUCAUCUUAAACUUGACAUGUGUGGUGAUCGAAUCUCAAUAGCAGAUUUCCAUAGGUCUACUGAAUCAGACUUCUGCCAAUACGUAGCGUAGAACUAGACUGCUAACACUGAUACAGACUGAUGAAUAAUGUCCUUUUAGCAGCAACAUCAUCAAGGAGAACUGAUUAUCAGAACUAACAAAUAACUGAGGAACUAAAUGGUUUGUUAUUUGCAAGUUGUUCCAUUUUUGAACUUGGCAUGUAUUUAAAACUCCUAAAUUUAUCAUUUCAUAUCAUUAGUUACCAUAGAUCUUAUGCAUUGUUCAGACAUAAUCAUAAAACAAAUAUCAUACCUCAUAUAUUUCCUUAUGUACUGCAUUGCAUAGUCCUUAUGCUUCACUUUAUUUAUUUAUUUACUACAUGUCUACACAUUUCAUGUCUUUCUAUUUAUCAUGAAAGAAUACUCACUUAUUCAGUAAUUGUGAUUUGUCUUUUAUGAUGGUUUUUUACACAUACAUGUUCACACACUCAUUAUAUAUAUAUAUAUAUAUAUAUAUAUAUAUAUAUAUAUAUAUAUAUAUAUAUAUAUAUAUCUUUAUAUUAGUGUAUGAGUGCAUGUAUAUAUUUCAUUACCAUUUUAUCAGUACAGUAUAGAUAUAUAUACAGUAGAACCCGGUCCUUGGCCUUAUCAGAACUCGACAUAAUCGGAUUUUGACGGGAAAUAUCGAGUAAAUUUUUUAUCAGAGUUAGAACAAAGAUCCAGAAUCCGACCCAAUAAAUCAUAUUAUUUUUGUAAACAGCAGUGUUUCGGUCAGUCAGCACUAGUUUGCAUUGCUCCCACAAGUUUAAACCUCACUCAGCUCUGCGUCAAGUGUUUUGGUCCAGUACAUGCUUGUACAGGUAUUUCCAUAGUUUUUGUGGCUUUUUGUACUAUAUUUUGAUUAAAUCAUGGGUCCCAAGAAAGCCAUUGCAGACAGCAUUUACGUAUUAACACGAUAGGCAUCCAGGGCGGUGCUAUGCUGUGUUUAAAUCCGCUCAUUGCAAAUGGCUGAAAGGCAAACUGCUGAUGUAUUGUAAGCAGCUUUUUGUAAGUUUGUGAUAACAGACAUAAUUCCGCUUAUUUUUAAUAUUUUAAAAAUUUAUUGUAAUAAUUAGGCAUUUUUUCAAUUUCGUAUUAUUGGCGAAAAUUUUUGUCCUACCCAGUAUGGUAACUAGUCUAGCCUAUGGUGCUCAGUCUCCCACUGGUAAUAUGGCUGCAUUGGAUGUAGGGCAGUUUCUUUUAGACAGUAUACAUUUGAAAAUAAAAAAGUGUCUAAUGGGGUAUGUUAUUUAACUCUGAACUUAUUUAAUUGUAAUUCAUGUGUAAUGUUUUAUAUAAAAGGCAGGGUUCGAUUGAUUUGGAUCUCAACUAAAUUACAUCUCAACGCUUCUUUUGGAACAGAUUAACGUCCAGGACCAGGGUACUACUGCGUAUAUAUAUAUAUAUAUAUAUAUAUAUA